UUAUACACAAGGGGUGAUUGGCAAACAAGACACACCUGGAAACAGUCAGGAACUGAUCAACAAGAAAAACUACAAAGGACUACAAAACAUGGCACAGAAAAUAACAUAAAAGUCCACACCUGGGCGUCCAAGACCUGGGGUACAGGCUGGAAUUAUGACAUAUGCACUAUGUGGUGUUCAUCAUUUAAACAAUAUUAAAUGUGUGAACAAGUGACCGAUUGCUUCAGCAUCCUGCUUUAGAUUCUAGAGAGCAUUUCAUUGGACAGAAAAUCUGAUGAGAAGCUAAGUGCCGAGUGAUCAAAAUUGUUGAUCCAUAUAGGCGGAAGAGACUAAGUUUUGAGUGCUUAUUUCUUCUAAAUGCGAAUUUUGUCAUUGUUUUGGAGCACACUAACUUAUAGAUUACAGUAAGGCUAACAUAUUCAUACUAAACGCAAAAAAAAAAAAAAAAAAAACUUCAUGCGCAGGUGGUGCAUGUUGUAACUGCGUUAAGGUGAUGAAACACGGGACAACUUUUUGAGCAAUGUUGCCAGGCAAUGUCGUCAAGCGUUGCUUGGGCACUUUCCCAUUGAUAACGGGCAACAAAUUUCGAUCGAAAGUAUGCAGAGAAAUGGGAAAAUGGAAUGGGAAAGUGCUCAAGCAACAUUGCUCAGCAACAUUGGGGGCUUGAGCUCCUGCCCCUUUGAUCGCGAAAGUGAAAGUGCCCUUUGCGGUCGCAUCGCGGUGCCCCCGCGUUCCCAUUUCUCCACCCCGGAACGCGAUUUCUACCGCGGGAGAACAAUCUCACCCCAGAUCAUCCCGUUGUUCCAUAACUUGGAUGGCCAGACUUUUCGCUCCGCAAUAUUUGCAUAAAGAGAACGUAGACUUCCCCUAAUUUGCAUAAAAGUGAACGUUUCCUGAAUGAACCGAAAGCAGGUGUGACGCUGUCCAGGAAGAGACGCGUACAGGCUCUAAACAGAUAUCACAGUCUGAAUUCAAGAAUACGGGAGAAAAGCAAUGGAAUCUUCUCAAGGAUACAACAGAUGAUGGAUCCUUCGUGGCCUUGCCUACCCCAGAAUUCAUUGCACACCGGUGACGACAGGAUUUUUUGAGAGAAAUUGAGAUAAACACUAUUAAACACCGCUGUCCACAUCUUAGUAUGCCUGUAGAGACCGAUGAGUCUAUGACUUCGUCUUCUCUCAAUCUGGUCUGGCCUGCGUGCCAGCAGUGCCAGUCACACAACCCUAAAGAGGCAGGCAAAAGUGGUAGAUUCAGCCCUGAGAUGUGUCUCCAUGAUGUAAGCAGGCUGGAUUAUCUAGAUGGUUGCUGUGGGCUUACUCCUAAAGUUUUAAGGGUUAGUCCCUUCACCAAACUCUCCAUAAGUGAUUCACAACACACAGCGAGUCCUGCAGGCCUGCCCAGUCUCUACUUGCCUCAAAGUUCAGGAAGACACAUUCCGAGAGACUGUAGAGCCCACAUAGAAGAUCUCAGUGAAGACUUCUCAGGCAUCAACAUUCAAAACCGCUGCAAUUCCGCUGGCCUAUAUUCAAACGCCCGAAACCAUGUGAGUGAGGAUGAGGAGAGUCUAGAAAAGCCUAGUCCUCUUCGCUCUGACCUGGGUGAGAAUUUUUGCAGGUAUUCUCCAUCAAAACAGCCAGGAUUUUAUGAUGAGUACCCACCAGAGGUUUUAUAUCACUGGCGCAAGCAGCCUGCAAAUUAUCCACAGCCCAACUAUCCGCUGUAUCAGCCCCUACCUGAGCAUGCAAGGCAUUAUGUUCAGAACAGGCCCAUCUCUAGACAAGCGGCUGCUGUGAGGCCCCCUCAAGUCACAUCCCAUCAGAGCACAGCCCCUGUGAGAGAGCUCAUGUCAGAAGUGUGUGUCCAGCCAUCCCAACCAGCUGCUGUUGGCCACCUCCAAACAUUGAAGCGCAACAUCAGUCUUCCUGAUGACUGCAGAGAUGUUUUCAUAACAUACUCUGUGGACACUGCAGCAGAGUUGAUGCCCUUUGUGAGUUUUUUGAAUAAUCAAGGAUUCAGACCAGCUAUAGAUAUAUUUGAAGACAGAGUUAGAGAAAUGGACAUCAACAAAUGGAUGGACAGUUUUUUAAAAAAUAAGUCAGUGCUAAUCAUUGUAGUGAUCAGUCCAAAGUAUAAGAUAGAUGUUGAAGGAGACGGAUCUGAUCAACAUGGACUACACACCAAAUACAUACACACUCAGAUCCAAAAUGAAUUCAUCCUGCAGAGAUGUCUGAACUUCAGAUUGGUACCAGUGCUGUUUCCCAAUGCCAACCAAAGUCAUGUUCCACUGUGGCUGCAGAGCACUCGUCUGUACCGGUGGCCUGAGGAUGCUAAGGACCUCUUACUGCGUUUACUCAGAGAAGAGAAAUACAUUGUCCCUCCGCUGGGCAAAGAGCUGACACUCACUAUCAAACCCCUAUAAGCAUUGACUAAAUGUGAUUAUGCAUUUAGGCAUCUCACUUGCAUGAAAACAUUCAUUAUUCCUCAAAAUAAGUAAAAACAGUGAAAUACAAUCUCAGAAUUUUAUGCAAAUUUGUAAUAAUUAAAUAUAUUAAAUUACACAAAUAUACUGUAAGUAUUUAAUCUCACUUUAUUAACCAAUGGCUUUGCUGCUGACCUUCAAUGAUCUAAUUCAACCAUACUAAUAAGCAAACAUUGCUUUAGAUUAGAUUUAGAAAUAAGAGUGUUGAUCUUCCUUCUCCUUUAUCCUAUUGUUCUUUAAUCCAGAAUGGCAGCACAGCUGAAAGGUUUGAUUGAGCUUUGCCCUCUACUGUACAGCCCCUGCUCCUGCCCCUGCCCCUGCCCCUGCCCCUGCCCCUGCUCCUGCCCGUGCUCCUGCCCCUGCCCCUGCCCCUUUGAUUGCAAAAAUGAAAGUGCCCAUUUCUCCUCCCCCAGAACGCGAUUUCUACCGAUGGAUUUCUACCGACGGAGACCCACAACCACAUGCCCCAUCCCCCACCCCUGCUUUCGCCCCCUGCCCUCCUGGAGGUCUGUGCAUGCCACUGCUUUUGAGUGUACUGUAACAUGGUUUUCAUUUAGAGUUUACCUUUUGGGCUUUUGCAUUUGGACUACUGUAUUUUUACAGUAUGCAAGUGCUGAAUAUACAAACAUUCAAUACUAUACAAUAUUCAGUACAAUACUAUACUUUCAAUGCAUACAGUAUCAAUUUAUUCACCUUACUACUGUAAGAUUACAAUACUUUUUUUACAUAAUUGCAAAAUUAAUUUACUGUGUUACAAUAUACUUUUUUCUAUAACUACAUGCUUUGGAUGCUGUGAUCUCCGUUUUUUGAUGUAGUUUCUAAUGAAUGAUCUGUAGUGUUUAUAUUUUGACUGGCUGUGUGUGUGAUUUGAAAGCAUUAUUUGAUUUUGAGCACAUUUAAAAUUUUAGUGUGAAAUUACAGUAUAUUCCAGGUUAAUAAUUACAUGACUUUCACAGUAAUUCCACAGUAGGACUUCUCUUGUAUCUAACUGCAUUCUUGGAAUAUCAUACUGUAUUGCAGCAUGAAUAGAUUAUGCUGUGGAGUUUCUUGAUUUUUGUUGGUUUUAUCUGUGCUGCUAAACUUACUUUUGGUUCACUUAUAGCAGUUUGUGUUUGUUUAUUUUGUAAUGUUCAGAAUUUAUAUUUUUUAUUUUUUACAGUUUUUGUUGAUUACUAACACACUAUAACUGGUUCAGUUGGCCCAAUUUCCCAAACCAUUCGUUCAGUUCUAGAAACAAAGUUGCGUUUAACACAUUUCACUUGUUUUUACACACACUUCAGUUUUCUUAAUGUCUCAAUUAAGUGGACAAUGAUUUUUUAUUUACUGCAUUAUUGUUUGUUAUUGCAAUGCUGUGGUUGUCUCUGUGAGUUAUAGUAUGUAAAUUUAGAGAGCGUUUGUAACUGUGAAAACUAACUUUGUAGCAGACUUAACUGCACUUCAAACCACAGUGACAUGACAGUCAUUCACAAAGUCCACACUAACUAGAUUUUCGUUUGAAAAGGCAUCUUUUUCUCUACGUUUUGGCCUUCCACACUGAGACGGCAUUUUUAUUAACAAAAAAGCUUUUUUGAAAACGCCAUUUUCACUUUGUAGUGUGGACUGUGAAAACAGGUAUAGGUAUUUGAAAACGAUGAUGCAUGUUUAAUCAUGUAACGCCAGAUAUUCAUGUUUAUACCGGUAUUGUGCCUGUUAUGUGCCAUUCACUUUCACACAGUUGCUAAAAUAUGUUAAUUUGCACACUCUUCAUAGCGUGAGAACUUUAUUAUUGUUCUGUCUGUAUCUCAGUGAGCUUUUAUGAAGGUUUAUGCAUGUGCAGUAAGGUGAAUUUUAGCGUUUUCCAACGUUUGUUUUGGAAAAUGCUUGAAAACCCUAGUGUGGACGGAGACAGUUUUAAAAAAAGAAAGUCAUUUUCAAAUCUAUCCGGAUUAAUGUAGACGUAGCCUCAGCCAGUGAACAAGCAAUAAACUGUUCUGAUCUUGAAUGAAUGUAUUCUGCGCUAAUGUAAAAUGCCUCCAAUUGACAAUUGCAUUCAUGCUCCAAACAGCCAUGUCCGCAAUCGGCUAUGCUCGUCACUGCAAAAAGCAUUUUAAAUACAAACCUUCAACUCUCUUCAAUCUCUUUUUUUAUUGACUACAUGACCCACAGUCCAUUACCGUCACUAUGAUUCACGUUCGUAACAGCGCACUUCACAUUGAACAUCAGCAUUACUCUGCAUUUCAAUUUGCAUUAUUGUGCCCCCUUCCCUAUUUACAGGGCUCUCUCAAAGUAAGCUUUUUUUUUUAUUAUUAAGUUUUUACAUUGGCACAAAGAAAAAUUCCAACAAAGUUAUGGUUCAAUUAUUGCUUUCCUAUUAAAAUAAUUAAUAAAAGGUUUCCAUACUGCAUAAAAA